CUCCCAUUUACUUCCUGUGCAGCUGCUGCUGGACACGGCCAGAGCACUGAGAGAUAUCAGGUAUUGAUGUAACUGGAGUGAAUAAGGGAACCUUCUUCCUGAGCACAGACAUUGGAGCCUGUUAUCACCAUGAACUCAUAUGUGUUAGACAAACACAUCAGUAGUUCAUCUCCAUCCUUCACUACAGGAAGCCUCAGUUUGAUACCACAGACUCCAAAAGUCUUAGACACCAAUGACUACUCACAAACAUUGGGGAUAUCACAGCAGAUAUUGAAAGGAGAUGGUGAAUUUGCAGAAACUGGGCAGCAAUUAUUAUGUACAGAGAGUAAUUUAGUCAUCAAACAAGAAGACAAGAUGUAUGCCUUAUCUAGUGAAAUUAUUAUCCCAGAGGAUAAACCACACAUAUUUACCGAGUUUUCAAAACAUAUUAAAGAAGAGAAAAGUCUACAGUCUAUCCAAAUAAUUCAUACAAAGAGGCAACCAUUCAAAUCUACAGAAUGUGAGAAAAGCUUUAGAUGGCAGUCUCAUCUACUAGAACACCACAAAAUUCACACAGAUGAGAAACCACACACAUGUACUGAGUGCGGCAAAUGUUUUACACUAAUGAAUCAUCUGAAAACUCAUGAAAUGAUUCACACAGGGGAAAAUCCUUUCACAUGUACAGAGUGUGGAAAAAGUUUUACAGAAAAGAGUGAUCUGAAAAAGCAUGAAAGGAUUCACACAAGAGAAAAGCCUUUCACAUGUACAGAGUGUGGAAAAAGUUUUACAGAAAAGAGUGAUCUGAAAAAGCAUGAAAGGAUUCACACAGGAGAAAAGCCUUUCACAUGUACAGAGUGUGGAAAAAGUUUUACAGAAAAGAGUAAUCUGAAAACUCAUGAAAGGAUUCACACAGGAGAAAAGCCUUUCACAUGUACAGAGUGUGGAAAAAGUUUUGCACAAAUAAGUAAUCUGAAAACUCAUGAAAGGAGUCACACAGGGGAAAAGCCUUUCACAUGUACAGAGUGUGGAAAAGGAUUUACAAAAAAGAGAAAUCUGAAAAAGCAUGAAUGGAUUCACACAGGGGAAAUGCCUUUCACAUGUACAGAGUGUGGAAAAAGUUUUACAGAAAAGAGUGAUCUGAAAAAGCAUGAAAGGAUUCAUACAGGAGAAAAGCCUUUCAGAUGUACAGAGUGUGGAAAAAGUUUUACAGAAAAGAGUUAUCUGAUAAAGCAUGAAAGGAUUCAUACAGGAAUAAAGCCUUUCACAUGUACAGAGUGUGGAAAAAGUUUUGCACAAAUAAGUAAUCUGAAAACUCAUGAAAGGAGUCACACAGGGGCAGAUCUGUUCACAUGUACAAAGUGUGGAAAAAGUUUUACAGAAAUGAGUCAAAUGAAAACUCACAAAAGGAUUCACACAGGAGAAAAUCCUUACACAUGUACAGAGUGUGGAAAAAGUUUUACACGAAUGGAUUGUCUGAAAUGUCAUGAAAGGAGUCACACAGGAGAAAAGCCUUUCACAUGUACAGAGUGUGGAAAAAGUUUUACACAAAAGGGUGAUCUGAUAAAGCAUGAAAGGAUUCACACAGGGGAAAAGCCAUUCACAUGUAUAGAGUGUGGAAAAAGUUUUUCACAAAAGAAUAAUCUGAAAACUCAUGAAUGGAGUCACACAGGGGAAAAGCCUUUCACAUGUAUAGAGUGUGGAAAGGGUUUUACAAAAAAGAGAAAUCUGAUAAAGCAUGAAUGGAUUCACACAGGGGAAAUGCCUUUCACAUGUACAGAGUGUGGCAAAAGUUUCACAGAAAUGAGUAAUCUGAAAACUCAUGAAAGUAUUCACACAGGAGAAAAGCCUUUCACAUGUACAGAGUGUGGAAAAAGCUUUACACAAAAAAGUGAUCUGAAAAAGCAUGAAAGGAGUCACACAGGUGAAGAGCUGUUCACAUGUACAGAGUGUGGAAAACGUUUUACAGAAAAGAGUAAUCUGAAAACUCAUGAAAGGAUUCACACAGGAGAAAAGCCGUUCACAUGUACAGAGUGUGGAAAAGGUUUUACAGAAAAGAGUAAUCUGAAAACUCAUGAAAGGAUUCACACAGGAGAAAAGCCUUUCACAUGUACAGAGUGUGGAAAAAGUUUUACAGAAAAGAGUAAUCUAAAAACUCAUGAAAGGAUUCACACAGGAGAAAAGCCUUUCACAUGUACAGAGUGUGGAAAAAGCUUUACACAAAAAAGUGAUCUAAAAAAGCAUGAAAGGAGUCACACAGGAGAAAAGCCGUUCACAUGUACAGAGUGUGGAAAAAGGUUUACACAAAUGGAUUGUCUGAAAACCCAUGAAAUGAUUCACACAGGAGAAAAGCUUUUCACAUGUAGAGAGUGUGGAAAACGUUUUACAAAAAAGAGUAAUCUGAAAACUCAUGAAAAGAUUCACAAGGGAAGAAACCUUUAACAUGUUUAGAAAGUAGGGUUGCUACCUUUUGCACAGCCGAUUAUCUGACACUUUGCAAAUGGGCGUGGUUGAGGAUGUGGUUAGGGGUGUGGCUUCACACUACCCUAAAUGGACCUUCCAGCCAAAUUUGGAAUCCACGUGUAUGCAUUUCAGUUUUGAGUAGAAGCAUUUUUGCAAUAUACAUGUAUUAGAAAAAAACAUAAUUUAUGUAAGAACUUACCUGAUAAAUUAAUUUCUUUCAUAUUGGCAAGAGUCCAUGAGCUAGUGACGUAUGGGAUAUACAAUCCUACCAGGAGGGGCAAAGUUUCCCAAACCUCAAAAUGCCUAUAAAUACACCCCUCACCACACCCACAAUUCAAUUUAAUGAAUAGCCAAGAAGUGGGGUGAUAAAGAAAGGAGUAAAAAGCAUCAACAAAUGAAUUUGGAAAUAAUUGUGCUUUAUACAAAAAAAUUAUAACCACCAUAAAAAGGGUGGGCCUCAUGGACUCUUGCCAAUAUGAAAGAAAUGAAUUUAUCAGGUAAGUUCUUACAUAAAUUAUGUUUUCUUUCAUGUAAUUGGCAAGAGUCCAUGAGCUAGUGACGUAUGGGAUAACAAUACCCAAGAAGUGGAACUCCACGCAAGAGUUACUAGAGAGGGAGUGAUAAAAUAAAAACAGCCAUUUACGCUGAAAAAAAUUAAUCCACAACCCAAAAUAUAAGUUUAUUCUCACAAAUGAAAAGAAAAACUUAAAACAUAAGCAGAAGAAUCAAACUGAAACAGCUGCUUGAAGAACUUUUCAACCAAAAACUGCUUCUGAAGAAGCAAAUACAUCAAAACAGUAGAAUUUAGUAAAUGUAUGCAAAUAAGACCAAGUUGCUGCUUUGCAAAUCUGAUCAACUGAAGCUUCUUUCUUAAAAGCCCAUGAAGUGGAGACUGAUCUAGUAGAAUGAGCUGUAAUUCUCUGAGGUGAGGCUUGACCCGACUCCAACUAAGCUUGAUGAAUCAAAAGCUUUAACCACGAAGCCAAGGAAACAGCAGAAGCCUUCUGACCUUUCCUAGAACCAGGAAAGAUAACAAAUAGACUAGAAGUCUAUUUGCAUUAAUGUCCAUUGCAUUCAAUAGGUGAUACUCCCUUCACAUCCUUCUGACAUUCACUGUACUCUGAGAGGAACCGGGCUUCAAAAUGCUGAGAAGCGCAUAUCAACUUAGAAAUCUUAGCACAAGCUUACUUCACCACCUCCAUAGGAGGCAAAGUUUGUAAAACUGAAUUGUGGGUUUAGUGAGGGGUGUAUUUAUAGGCAUUUUGAGGUUUGGGAAACUAUGCCCCUCCUGGUAGGAUUGUAUAUCCCAUACGUCACUAGCUCAUGGACUUUUGCCAAUUACAUGAAAGUAAUGCUUCUAAUAAAAGUUAUAGUUGUUUCAAAAGUGUAUUUAAGUAUGCACCAUGCACCAGAAUUUUAAGCACGGUACUUGCUCAGAGAUCCUAAGUUGCUUUUACCAUCUGGUAAUGACUCAAUUUGUUCAUUGCUGAUAUGAUACAAGACCCACUGGUGCUAUGAGCAGCUGCAGUGUUUAUAAUGCUGGUACACAGAGAAUAUCUAGUUAUGCUUCACAUGCACGUGCAGAGAAAAAUAUUAUCACUAAAAUAUUAACCAAGGCUACCACAGAGGCCUCUGACGCACUUCGUUCCUGCCCGAUAAUGAAAACAGCAGAAGAAGCCGCACGAUAGUGUAUUAUUAGACACCGCACUGACGGACCGAAAGGCGGUAAGAACAAACGCUCGUACAUAGGCACAGACCUCAAUAUCUGUCUGCGGGAGUGACACUUACCACGCUACAUACAGUUAGUAAGCCGCCAUCUUGUCCAAAGAGCAGAUGUUCCCUGAGUCAGCACGAAAAGGCCUCAGAGCCCAGACGUAGCAACAUCUGCAUAUUAAUUAACUACUUCUAUAAACAAACAGCGGGCUAGAGCAUAGAACCCCCGCAGGGCCCCUCUAAUCAAGACAAAUAGCUGCAACAGGAAGCCAUCACGCUUGCAGCGUAAACACACUUCGCCAAGGAGCAGCCCCGUCAAGCACACACAAUUAGCUCCUCUCACUCUACAUACUCGGGUGCUACAGCUCACCCAAAUCAGGAGUAUAGGCUGAGACUCACAGAACACAUUCCAGGGGGUACUCUAUUUAAUAGAACCUGAUAGUUCAAAUACACCAACAGUGUACACAAGGGCAUUGACAUCCAGCUCACAGUAAGACCACUGAGGAGGUAAUUACGCAAUUGCUGAUACUGAGCACUGAGGCACAAUGAACACCAAGCGCUCUGCAAAACCCCACAAAUUGCUAAAAUCAACCUGCCAAAAGGACAAUCUAGUGGAACAGUUUUUCUUCCCACAAGCUUUAAGACCUCAACAAGUGCGGAGCACAGAAGAUCGCUUUCACAAAAACAACAAACACCACAAAAAAACACGGAGGGAUCAGAAGAAAGCACCUCAGUACCAAAUGACAUUCUCUCCACAUUAGCGUCCAAGCAGGACAUAGCAGAUAUUAUACGCUCAUGCAUACGUGAAGAAAUUGCUGAGAUCAAACAGGACUUGCACUCUAUGAACAACAGAGUGGAAGCACUGGAGGAGUUCUCUGACCACUUAAAAGAAGAAAUUAACGAGGUUCAAGACACCACAACGCAUCAUACAAAAAUUAUAGCUGAUCUAUACGACAAAAUAGAGGACCUCGAGAACCGUAGCCGACGGAAAAACCUCAGAAUCCGCGGGGUUCCUGAGUCGGUGCUACCCAAAGACUUCCCAACCUAUAUCCCGGCACUUUUUGCCCACCUUAAGAAUACCCCUCCUUCUACAGAUAUCCCCUGGGUUAGAGCACAUAGGGCCCUCAGGCCUAAACCCCCCAGAUACGGCUCCUCCAAGAGAUAUAAUCAUGAAGUUUAAGGACUUUGGGAUGAAAGAGGAGCUCCUAAACCUCUCACGCAAACGCCAACCAGUGAAAUUCAGGGGUACUAUACUCCAAUUCUAUCAGGACCUGUCGCAACGGACACUCCAAAGAAGACGAGAAUUAGCUCCAUUAACGGCACUACUCCGUCAAAAGAAAAUCCUCUAUAGAUGGGGAUUUUCAUUCCAUCUAUAUGUUCUGCAUGGCAAUAGGAAACUGGAUUGCAAGUCCACAGAAGAUGUCAGUGAUUUCUGCUCUGCACUGGAAAUAGACCCGCCAGAGGUCCUACUGGCAGACGAUCAUCUUGAACCCCCUAGGAAAAACCAUCGAGAAUGGCCCCAGGGGACUGGCAAAAGGCGGUCUCUAGAUCCAAGACCCAAGCAUUGGCAAGGCCCCGGGGUAUCACACCCCAGCCCCUAACCUAGAGACCUUGCCACAUAAGGGGUUACUUUGCAAAAAACAUCCAAGAACUGCCACACAGACUGUGAACAACAUUAGGGAACUAUGCCCUGGUAACGUAUAAUGCUUAACGACUUUACCUGUGAAUAAUCUUGUCAACACUAUUUGUAAUAUAUGCUGUUUUAUAUAGUCAAUAGUAAAGAAAAUGGUUGCCAAGAUCACCCUCCAGGAACAGGGCCCUCUCUAUAAAAACCUGGGGGGCUGUAGUAAUAAGUGUAAUGCCCACCCUCAAAGUAAUCCUGUGUCAAAAACUGAGAUGAAAAGGUUAGUUUAUUUCAGACACCUGUUAGAUCUUUAAACAAUAAGCACUAGUGAUAAGGAGCUGGUUUAUAGCCCCUCUCGCAUUGGUAAAGUCAUAUGACGUUAUGUAAUCUAAGAUACUUCUUACUAAGAUUUGAUUUAUGCUACUUGUUUUAUUUCUUGUAUUGUUUAGUGUUUAACAUGUUAUUGCUACACGUCAGAGGACUGGGUGUGGGGACGCACUCAGGGCACAAUGUACAAGCAGAAUCUAUCAUGCUAGAUAUCAUUCACACCCUCAUGGACAACCCAAUAGCUUCCCUCUCACGGAUUAACCAUGGCCACUAACAAUAGAACAAUCACAUUAAUUAGUCAAAACACUAGAGGCCUAAAUUCAGCACAAAAACGCUCUUUAGCUAUGAAAGACCUCCGCAGGAAGGGGGGUGACAAAAAAUCAAAGGAACCUAGAUACUAUGGAGGACAUUAUACGCAAUGCUUCCAUAGCUCAUUUGACCACAAGCGCAGUGGCGUAAGCAUCCUUAUAGGCAGAAACAUCUCUUUUACUCCCAUACAAACACACACCGACACAGGGUGCAGGUAUCUCUGCGUCACUGGCCUGUUGUUUGGUAUUCCGGUGACGUUGGUCAACCUGUAUUCUCCCAACACCAAACAGCUCCACUUCUUCAGAAAGGUUUUCACACAGAUAUUAGACCACACAAUAGGAGCACUCUAUAUGGGAGGGGACUUCAAUACACCUAUCCAACCAAAUCUAGAUACCACAAACCCCAAACCCACAACACCUAAGCAUGUAACUAAACAAUUAUGGAGACUAAUGCACGAACAGACUCUGUUUGACAUUUGGAGAUUCAAACACCCCGAGAAGAGGGAUUACUCCUUCUUCUCCUCCCCACACCGCACAUAUAGCAGAAUCGAUUAUCAACUCACUAAUCAAAAGGGACUCACUAACGUCCUAUCAUCAAGACUCUCACACACUGUCUGGUCAGACCACUCUGCAGUACUUACGAGACUUGACUGGCCAUCUGCACCAAAAAGCACUUAUCAGUGGAAACUGGAGGAUAAUUUGCUAAGGUACCCUGACCUUAAUAACAAAAUUGAGAAACUGCUCCCAGAAUACUUCCAAUUUAAUUCCCUUCCCAAGACAGAUCCCCUGAUAGUAUGGGAAGCCCACAAAUGUUUUAUGAGAGGGAUAUUUAUAAAAUAUCAAGCGCACGUUAAACAGAAAGCACGAUUAUUAUACAAAUCAUCCACCGAGCUCCUAUCUAAAUUAGAAUAUGAACACAAGCGAAACCCCACAUCCCCACAAACUCUUGCAGAUCUUGUAAAAGCUAGGAAGGCAGUUCAUGAUCAACUAAUAAAAGAAGCUAAUACUUUAGCCCUAAAAACUAAGCAAAAGUUCUAUUUUGAAAGUAAUAGAGCAGGAAAGCUCCUCGCACGCUCCCUUAAACUGAAAAAACUCAAAACUUUUAUACAUGAAGUAAAAACCCCCUCAAAUGAAAAGGUACACACCAUACCAGAAAUCCUGUCUCAAUUCCUAACAUACUACUCUCAACUUUAUGACCUCACGGGAAAAAAUAACCACCCAAUAGACACGCCACAAUUGAUUAAUGCAUACUUAGCAGACACUUCCCUACCCCAACUGACAACGGCGCAGGCGACAGAGCUGGAAGUUCCCUUCUCAAUAUCGGAAAUUCUUACAGCCCUUAAACAACUACCCACUGGCAAAAGCCCAGGGACGGAUGGCUUCACCGUCUCAUAUUACAAAAAAAAUGCACACACCUUAUUGCCACAUUUAUGCUCUAUCUUCAACACUGUUGACCAGAAACACCCGUUUCUUUCUUCAAUGCUAGAGGCCCACGUGACAGUAAUACCCAAACCCGGAAAAUCACCAGACACCCCUUCCAACUUUCGCCCCAUUUCCCUCCUGAACGUAGACAUCAAACUAUAUGCGAAACUAAUAGCCACCAGAAUUAAUAAAUUCCUACCCCAACUAAUCCAUCUGAACCAGGUGGGCUUUGUGCCCCAAAGGGAGGCGAGAGAUAACACCAUCAAGGUUCUUAACUUAUUAGAAUACACCCAAUCCCAUAACAUCCCAACAAUUUAUCUAGCUGUCGACGCCGAAAAAGCGUUCGACAGGCUGGAUUGGACGUUUUUGAAACUUACUUUAGCUCGGUUCGGCAUGGGCGAAAAACUUAUAGGGAAAAUCUUUGCUUUAUAUCAAUCGCCAACAGCCCGUAUUAAAUUAAACGACUCACUGUCAAAACCUUUUCAUAUCUCAAACGGAACAAGGCAGGGCUGCCCCCUAUCCCCCCUAUUGUUUAUUCUGGCCAUGGAGGUUCUAGCUUCUAAAAUUAGGGGAAAUGAAGGCAUACAAGGGAUUCAUAUAAACAACACACACUACAAGUUAACGCUAUAUGCCGACGAUAUCCUAUUCUCGCUCACCUCUCCCUUACAGUCCCUCUCGACACUACUGCCAGAGAUCGAGACAUACAGUACAUACUCUAACUUCAAAAUAAAUUUGUCAAAAUCAGAGUUCCUAGGCAUAGGGACAACAGAUCAAGUAAAUACUCAGAUCACGACACAAUAUCAGUUCACGUCUAAAACCACCUCUAUAAAGUAUCUAGGGGUACACAUAACGAACUCCAAGGAUUCCUUGUAUCAAUUAAACCACCACCACCUCCUAGAAUCUAUCAGAACAGGAUUAAAAACUUGGCAUUGUAAGUGCCUCUCAUGGUUGGGUAGGAUUCAGGCUUUUAAGAUGAGCGUAAUGCCCAGACUUCUGUACCUGUUUCAGACUGUGCCCAUACAACCUCCACCGCAAUACAUUAACAACGCACAAAAAAUAGUCAACACCUUUAUCUGGGCCCACAAAUGCCCUAGAAUAGCAAAACCGGUACUUUACAGAAGUAGAGAUAAGGUUGGCCUAGGAGUACCUAACCUAUUUUAUCACCAAGCGGCUCAAUUUACCAGAGUGAUUGACUGGUGUAAAAAUGCACCAAAUAAGGAAUGGGUAAAGCUAGAGCAUGACCUAGCGGGCUCACAGAGCUUAGGAGCUAUAUGCUGGACACAUAGGCAACACAGACAUAAUCUUUUAGUUGCUCCCUCGCUGAUAACAGAUACACUAACUACAUGGGACAACCUGACCAGAUCCCAGAGGAACAUAUCCACAAUCCCGUCACCAUUGACCCCCUUAUGCCAUAACAGCGACUACCCACCACUUAGACAUUUGUGGGCGAGAGGCUCAUAUUCUAUCGCAGCAGGCCUACCUAUAUGCUCGGUGAUAGACCAAGGGGCUAUCCUAGCUAAAACAUCUUUAAUGGAAAAAAACAUAACAUACUUUAAUAGAUGGUUCGAAUAUCUUCAACUAUCGCACUUUCUCUCCCACCACAAAGAUAAGUCCGAUCUGACUCGGAAUCUUAACCCCUUUGAACAAUUAUGCCACUCACCGCAAGUAACGAAGGGAUCAUUAUCUAUGAUAUACAAAAUAUUACUAGCCCUACACUCGAAAAACCUGCCAUCUUAUACCAAGGUGUGGGAGGUGGAGAUGUCUAUCACAGUCCCCCCAGACACAUGGAACACUAAUUUCCAACAAAUGGGCAAGGCACCCUCAUCAAUGGGAAUAACCGAGACAAAUAUGAAACUGCUAGGAAGAUGGUAUCUGUACCCAAGCAGGUUAGCAAAAAAAUUUCAACACUCAGACCCCCUCUGUUGGAGGAAUUGUAAGCAGAAAGGCACAUUAUAUCACAUUUGGUGGGAGUGUUCAAUACUCCGACCAUAUUGGCAGGAGAUACAUGGGGAAAUGCAGAAAGUACUCACACAGAAAAUCCCCUUUGACCCCCUAACGCUGCUAUUCAAUAAGCCUACAAAGAUUAAAUGUAAAUAUAUAUCCACUCUAUUAUAUAUUAUGCUUAGCAGCGCAAAACAAUUAAUCCAGAGACUCUGGAAACAGAGCAAGAUCCCGUCCAAACAGGAUUGGUCUCAAAAUGUCACACUUCUCCUGUCAUUAGAGAAAUAUCAUUAUCUCAACACAGACAGAAUGGACUUCUAUUGUGCAAUGUCUCUAUACUGGGAAACAUACAUACAUACGGAUGCAGAUAUCACCCCCACCCAAACAACUCCAACAGGACACUAACACAUAAAUUAGCACAGCGAUACACUGAGGACAUAAAGGCUAUGAUCUGUACCCAAGUUAUGCCUAGGCAUAUCCUGUCCUACCGUACUCCGUUCCAUUCCGCUAUCACCAAUACUAUAUAAAGAUCUGCAUUAUCACAUACACAAAUCCACAGCACCUUAGGGUAGUCUAAAUUGCUAUAAAAAUAGAUAUAGACCCUGCACAGUUGGAAUCAUAUAGAAUCAUAUAAUCCCAGAUCUCUAAGAAGUAAAGUUAGUGAUAACUAAGUUAAUACAACAUAACUGCUAUGUAUGGAAAACUCCGGAAAGGAAAUAUCCCCAUGCCCAGCCUCUUUAAAGAAAGAUUAUUAUACAUAGAAAUUUGUAUUUGAAACAACAUUUGCAAACUCAAACAACGUGUAGCAUUGCUUAUGUUUAUGUGUUAUUAAAGUUAAAAGUUUUGUUUGGAGAAAAAAGAAGAAAACACCGCAAGCUUUAAAUACUCAAAGAGACAUUUUGAACUCUGGAUGCGAUGGGCCCAUGCUGUACUACAUCUGAGUUCCAACAGUAUCAUUUAAUAUCCUUUUAUGCAAUGAAUGUCUCUUUUUUACACUUGUAUAAUAUUUAUUAAAUCUUUCAAUAAAGUUUUCUUAAAAAAAAAAAAAAAA